UUAGAACACGAACAUGGCAAAUAAUAAGGACUUGAUAUUUGAUGACGAGUGGAAUUCAGUUGACGAAGAGAUCUGUUCCAAAAUGUCAGUCUUUGGUAGUAAGGUCGCACGAGUGAUGAUGGAGAGCUGGAAGGAGUUCUGCUCGGAGACCAGCUUCCACGGAUUCAACCAUAUCACCGCUGAGAGGAGGCACUGGAGCGAGAGGUUGUUGUGGGUCUGCUUCAUAGUGGCGUCAGUGUGGUUGGUGUUGGACAUAUCUAUAGGCCAGUGGCAGAGGUACGACGAGAACCCCACCAUCGUGACUCUGGAGAAGGACUUCAGGACCUGGAGGAUUCAUAUGCCGGCCGUCACUGCUUGCUUGAAGAACAAAGUGGAUGUAAAGAAACUUCCGAAUGCAAUCAAAUCUCGUUGGAACGUCGAAGCUGGAUAUCCCAAGUACGUCUAUUACAGUCGUUUCGUGAGCGCCGUCGCCAGCUCUACUCUGGAAAACCUCAAGGUGUUUGAAGAGUUCGGCGAUGACCCGACACUGGACGUAGACCUGUUCAGACUCGCCGUGGACGUGAUGGAAGACAGCAACAUCAAAGUGAGUAACGGAGAAAAAAUCAAAGCGAUCUGGACUCCGGUGAUGACGGAGCUCGGAGUGUGUCACACACUCAACUCCGUGGCCACCGCUGACAUAGCCAUCUUCAAAUCCAACGCGAGCAAUACUAAAGACAAUCCGAUGACGUGUCAAGCGGACACCAACGGCUGCUUCUUGUAUCUGGAGUGCGCUUCUCAGAUAGACUACUAUCUUCACUCUCCAUACGAUGUGGUCGACUACACGGAAGCAUAUACCACCACCUCCCCACCACUCAUCGCACACGUGGACGUCACCACCACGGAGAUAGGAGUGGGCCCAGGAGUGAGAGCUCUCCUGCCGAGGAGACGUCAGUGCUUGUUCACUGAUGAACCCACUACAGCCUCCAGACAGGUAACCACACCGGUCAAAGGUCACACGUCAUCUCCUGUGGGAGAUGCCUCUGAUAGAUGUGCUCAUUGUGCUUGA